AUGACAGAGGCCAGCAUUCUCUUCCUCCGUGCCUGCCUCGCGCUGCUGGCCAUGCCCAUCUACCUACUGUCAUUCCUGGGCAUAUGGGAGCCUUUCUGCAAGAAGAUAUUUUUCCCUUUCUUCUUAGAGAAGCUUUCUGUAAUUCACGAAAGGAAUUCAAAGAAGCAGAAGCAGGAGUUAUUUCGUAACCUACUUAACUUCAGGAGCCCCUCAGGAGAGCUGAAGCUGCUGGAGAUAGGGACCGGCUGCGGUCCUAACUUCCAGUUCUACCCACCAGGCUGCAAAGUCACAUGCACCGACAUAAACCCCAACUUCCAGCAAGGCCUUUCGAGAAGCAUGAACAAGAACCAGCAUAUCCACUACGAGAGUUUCCUCAUUGCUGCAGGAGAAGACCUGCAUCAGGUGCCCAGUGGUUCUGUGGAUGCUGUCGUCUGCACCCUGGUCCUCUGCUCUGUGCGUGACGUGAACGGCACCCUGAAGGAGGUACUGCGAGUGCUCAGACCAGGAGGCGCUUUCUUUUUCUUAGAGCACGUGGCCGCCGAUCGUUCCAGCUGGAGGUACUUUUGGCAGCAGGUCUGCUUUCCGACUUGGAAACUCGUCUUUGAUGGAUGCUGCCUAACGAGAGAGAUCUGGAAGAAUCUCGAACAGGCCAACUUCUCGGAUUUGAACGUACAGCACACCAGAGUGGUACUGCCCUGGACGCCCAUUGAGCCCCACAUCGUGGGGUACGCCGUCAAGUAG